AUGACCCCGAAAGAUGGUGACCACCAUGCCACCGGCGGCGUUGGCGCUGAAGCGACGGGAAUAGACGUUGGACGAGAUGCAGGCCGUAUCCCUAGCGCGCGGCAUUCCUUCUCCUCUCUGCGUCAACCGGAUUCUCCUCAUGAGCGAAAGGAUGAGCCUGAGGGCUAUGACACUGACUCUGAAAAUGAGCCACUCAUGGACCCGAACCUCCCGGAGGACUACGAGCUCCAGGACAUGACGAACCCAGAAGACGGGCUGCUUCCAGGUAACGAGCCGAAGCCCGGUGACGAAGAGGACUCGCCAUACCCUGAAGUGCGGGCAGCCGUACACAACUACGACGAAGAUCUCCCCUGCAACACCGUCCGCGCAUGGACAAUCGGUCUCUCGCUUGUCUUUGUCGGCGCGUCCAUGAACACGCUCUUCUCACUGCGCCAGCCCUCCAUCUCCAUCAACGCUCUUGUCGCUCAAAUCAUUGCCUGGCCGCUGGGCCACGGGUGGGCAAAAGUCAUGCCUGACAGGCAUUUCACCACGUUUGGCUAUACGUGGAGUCUAAACCCUGGGCCCUUCAACAUCAAGGAGCAUGCUAUUAUCGGCGUCAUGGCCAGCGUCUCCUUCUCCGUCGCAUACUCCACCGACAUUAUCCUGGCCCAGCUGAUCUUCUACAAGCAAAACUUUGGCAUCUUGUGGCAACUGCUCCUGACUAUAUCCACUCAAUCCCUGGGUUACGGCAUUGCAGGAACUAUGCGCAAGUUUCUGGUCUAUCCUGCGUCCAUGAUCUGGCCGAGCAAUCUCGUUGCCGUCACUCUCAUGAACGCCAUGUACGAAGAGAACACCCCGAAGGAUCCAUCCGUUAUCGGUGGGCGCAUGCCUCGGUAUCGCUGGUUCAUGUGGGUGACGAUAGGCGCUUUCGCCUACUACUUCAUCCCGGGCUUUUUGGUCAAGUGCCUCAGCGUCUUUGCCUUUGUCACCUGGAUUGCUCCACAAAACGUCGUCGUCAACCAGCUGUUCGGAGGCACCACUGGAUUGUCCUUGAUCCCGAUAACGUUUGACUGGACUCAGAUCUCGGGCUACAUCGGCUCGCCCUUGAUACCUCCUUGGUAUGCUAUUGCCAACACCAUGGUUGGCGUUGUUGUAUUCUUUGUUCUUGGGUCCUCCGUGCUCCACUACUCAGGGGUCUGGUAUGCCCAGUUCCUUCCGAUGAGCGACACCAGUACCUAUGACAACACUGGUCGGCCAUAUGACACUUCUCGAAUUCUCACACACGAUUUCACGCUCGACGAGGAGGCCUAUCAGAAUUACUCUCCAUUGUUCAUCAGCACCACCUUUGCCGUGGCAUAUGGCCUCUCAUUCGCCACCAUCUCGUCACUCAUAGUCUACACAUUCAUCCACUAUCGCAAGCAAAUCUGGAGACAAUACAGAGACAGCACUAAGGAGAAGCCGGACAUACAUAUGAAGUUGAUGAAAAAGUACAAGGAGGCUCCCACGCUGUGGUAUAUGUCUCUAUUUGUCCUGAUGCUGGCUCUGGGCAUGUAUACGGUUGUGGCUUACCCAACCCAGCUCAGCUGGUGGGCAUUCAUACUUGCGGUGGCCAUAUCAUUCGGCUUCUCGUUGCCCAUUGGCAUCAUCGAAGCUGUCACGAACAACCAAAUUGGCCUGAAUGUGCUCACUGAGUUCGUAUACGGAUACAUUCAGCCUGGCCGGCCGCUGGCGCUCAUGAUCUUCAAAACGUUUGGAUACAUCACCAUGUCCCAAGCAUUGCAUUUUGUUUCAGACCUCAAGUAUGGGCAUUAUAUGAAGAUACCCCCUCGGACAAUGUUCUGGUCUCAGGUCGUGGCGACAACGGUCUCAUGCUUCGUGCAAAUAGUCGUUUUGAACUUUGCACUCGCAAACAUCGACGACGUAUGCGACAUUCACCAGAAAGACCGAUUUACAUGUCCAGGCGGUCGCGUCUUCUUCUCCGCAUCCGUGAUAUGGGGAUUGAUCGGCCCUGCGCGAAUGUUCUCACCCGGCCGCAUAUACUCGGGCCUUUUCAUCUUCUUCAUCCUCGGCGCCGUCACUCCUGUCAUCAUCUACUACCUUGCCAAACGAUAUCCCAAGUCCCCGCUCAAGUAUGCCAUGGCGCCUCUCAUCUUUGGCGGUGCAGCGGCAAUACCGCCCGCGACGCCUCUCAACUAUUUCUCGUGGGCCAUGGUUGGCUUUGUCUUCCAGUAUUGGAUCAAGAAGCGUCACUUUGGAUGGUGGAGCCGUCUCAACUUUUUGACGUCGUGCGGGCUGGACUUGGGCUUGGCGCUGGCGACGCUCUUCAUCUUCUUUGCGUUUACCAUGCACGGCGUCGAGCCGCCCAAGUGGUGGGGCAACAACAUUGUGUCGACAACAAUGGACGUGCAGGGCACAGCGGUAGAGAUGAGCGUGAUGGAGGGCAAGAGGUUUGGACCGGACUGGUGGUAG